AUGUCCUUUAACCCAACAAAAUGCUUUGUCAUGAGAGUCACGAGAAAUAGGGAACCUAUAUUUCUUUUAGACUAUUUUGGAAAAGUUCAUAAUUUUAAAGCAGUCGAUAAUCAGCAUUUAUGCGGCUUACCCAGGAUAAACAACAGCCGAUCACAGAGUCAGGAUAAUUCUGAAUUGAAGAAACUGGAAGACCUUGUGCAAGCGGAGACGUCAUAUUUCUUCCUAUAUCUCUCUCUUUCAAGUACCAUCCCCUCUCUGUUCACCUCCAUCAUCUAUGGCUCAUGGUCUGAUCGCGUAGGACGCAAGCCUGUACUCAUACUCUGCUUGUUUGGAGGUCUUAUGCAGUGCGUUUCCGUCGUCCUUGUCGCGGACUAUGAAUUUCCAUACUAUUUGCUAUUCAUCGGAUCAGCCGUCGACGGACUUUGCGGUUCGUUUAGUUGCGUCAUGUUCUCGGGAUUCGCCUAUUUGUCUGAUAUAACAGACAUCAAGAAAAGAGGAGUCCGCAUUGGAAUUCUGGAAUCAGUGAUCUACGUCGGCGCAACUGCAUCAUACUUUAUUAGUGGGAUAUGGGUCAGAGAGUCUGGAGGUUACAAGCAGCCGUUCUGGGGCUGUGCGGGUAUAGCACUAUUCACCGUGCUCUACACCCUUGUAAUUCUCCCAGAGUCUCUCUCCGUUACCCACAGCACCAAGAAACGCAACUCCCCAAGCUGCACGGGAGCCUUUCGCACGGCUGUCACUGUCUUCAACGCGCGCCCGACUCUUUACGUUGGGUCUGCGGCCUUCUUUCUCGUAAUGUUCGGAGUCCUCAACGACAUUCAAGUGAUGUACGUUAAGGCGUCUCCUCUGUGCUGGAGCGAUUCUCUUGUAGGGUACUGGCUGUCAAUAGGAACGGCUGUCAAGGCGAUAGGCUUGGUCGUGGGUACAAAGAUUCUGAGCAUGUUUAUCUCAGAUUCUCUUAUGGUGGUGGUCGGGAUUCUAGCAAAUAUCGCUAGCUAUUUGUUAACUGGUUUCGCCGAGACAACUCUGAUGAUGUUUCUGACCUUGGUACCGCAAAUCCCACAAGGACUCGCCACUGCCUCACUUCGGACAGCUAUGUCCAAGCUUGGGCCACCGGACAAACAGGGUGUGGUGUUCUCUGUAGUCGGGGUGGUUCAGUCCCUAUGCGCCGUACUCGCACCAUUGAUGUAUAACACGGUUUACCCGGUCGGCAGAAGCGAGAUGAACUUCCCUGGGUUUUGUUUUAUCUUGGCGGCGAUAAUUAUGCUUCCUGUUAUUCCCCUCAUGUUGUACAUCCAUUGUAAGAUUAAGCGUGGAGGAAGUUUCACGGAGCUUGUCGUCACCCCCGAGGACGAGUUUGCGAGUGAUACGAGUGAAACGACUCCAAUUAAUAGCGACCAAAAGGGGCCAUGUUAUGGGUAAUGAAAUGGGACAAUGAAUUAGGUGUUCAUUGAACAUCGAAAAGAAAAACAAUUACUUUGAUCAUUGUGGUCAAUUCUUUGGUUGGAAAAUCGGAAACGAUUAUUAUUGGUAUUGAUUGUAAAUAAAUUGUUUGGCACGUUUAAGAAAAAAA